GCACACGCCCCCCCCCAGCCUCUUACGGCACCAGCUGAGGCACCCAAGAGGAUUACCCCCUUUUGCCCUAUCUCCCACCCACCCCAAAAAGAGAAGAUCCCCUCCCCUGGCCCACCCCUUCCCCUCUUCCCUCCCCCUCCCCCCGAACUUUCCCUCUCGCAUGCUUUUCCCCUGCACCACGGAUCGCCUCUCGGAUGCCGCUUGCCUGGAAGCUGCGUUAGGAGCGAGCGGCAGCGGUGGCGGCGGUGGCGGCGGCGGCAGCUCGGGAGUGCUAUGACCGGCAAACUCGCCGAGAAGCUGCCGGUGACCAUGAGCAGUUUGCUAAACCAACUGCCUGACAAUCUGUACCCCGAGGAGAUCCCCAGCGCGCUCAACCUCUUCUCUGGCAGCAGCGACUCGGUAGCCCAUUAUAAUCAGAUGGCUACAGAGAAUGUGAUGGACAUCGGUCUGACCAACGAGAAGCCCAACCCGGAACUCUCUUAUUCGGGAUCCUUCCAGCCAGCCCCGGGCAACAAGACCGUGACCUACUUGGGAAAGUUCGCCUUCGACUCCCCUUCCAACUGGUGUCAGGACAACAUCAUUAGCCUCAUGAGCGCCGGCAUCUUGGGGGUGCCCCCUGCCUCAGGGGCACUCAGCACGCAGACCUCCACGGCCAGCAUGGUGCAGCCGCCGCAGGGCGACGUGGAGGCCAUGUACCCGGCGCUGCCCCCCUAUUCUAACUGCAGUGAUCUCUACUCGGAGCCUGUGUCUUUCCACGACCCCCAAGGCAACCCCGGGCUCGCCUAUUCCCCCCAGGAUUACCAAUCGGCCAAGCCGGCCUUGGACAGCAAUCUCUUCCCCAUGAUUCCUGACUACAACCUAUACCACCACCCCAACGACAUGGGCUCCAUUCCGGAGCACAAGCCCUUCCAGGGCAUGGACCCCAUCCGGGUCAACCCGCCCCCCAUUACCCCCCUGGAGACCAUCAAGGCGUUCAAAGACAAGCAGAUCCACCCGGGCUUUGGCAGCCUGCCCCAGCCGCCGCUCACGCUCAAGCCCAUCCGGCCCCGCAAGUAUCCCAACCGACCCAGCAAGACCCCGCUCCACGAGCGGCCCCACGCGUGCCCGGCGGAGGGCUGCGACCGCCGUUUCAGUCGCUCGGACGAGCUGACCCGGCACCUGCGCAUCCACACGGGCCACAAGCCCUUCCAGUGCCGGAUCUGCAUGCGGAGCUUCAGUCGCAGCGACCACCUUACCACUCACAUCCGCACGCAUACGGGCGAGAAGCCCUUUGCCUGCGAGUUCUGCGGGCGCAAGUUUGCGCGCAGCGACGAGCGCAAGCGCCACGCCAAGAUCCACCUCAAGCAAAAGGAGAAGAAGGCGGAGAAGGGGGGUGCGCCCUCUGCGUCCUCGGCGCCCCCAGUGUCCCUGGCCCCUGUGGUCACCACCUGCGCCUGAGGCUCGGGCCCCCAGAUCCCCACUUUUCCCCUGCAGUGUCUCCCAGCUGCUCGCCUGAAAGCAGCGGGGAAAGCUAGCCACGGAGGCGCAGGGGCCGCGCCCUGGCCUCUCCAUGGACGUAAGGUCCCUUGUUCCCCUUCGAUGUCCCCCGUUUCCACCCUUUCACACCGGCCAACGGUCGGGGGCCAGGGCAGGAGGCGCCCUCCCUUCGCUGCCCCCCCCUUAACCAAGGCGUGGGGGCGGAAAGGUGGCGUCUAGCCCGCUUUGUUCAGUGCGGAUCGUCUUGAUCCAGGGGCCGCUGGGCCGCGCCAAGGACCUGCGGGGGACUGAAGGCGGGGCCCGCCCAAGCCUCGCCCGACCCAAGCACCUCACGGUUCCCCCCACGUCUCCCUCGGUUCCCCCUCGAAGACCCGAGAGGGGGAGGGGGUAAGGAGCGCACCAAAGCGCAGAGCUUGCCGCCCGCCGCACGCACGCGCGCCUGCGUGCGGGGAUGCGCCGCGCGAGUGUGCGUGCUCGCGUGAGUGUUAUGUGUGUGGGAGUGUGGGUGUGCGCGCGCGCGCACGCGUGUGUGUGCGUGUGUGUGUAUGUGUGUGUGAGACUCUUGAGCUGAACUGGGCUGUGUCCACCCCAAACUCUUCCCUACAUCGGGUCCCCAGGCCGCUGGGGGAAUGUCCCAGGUUGGGGGCCUGCACGUGGCCGGAGGAGACGGUCUUCCAUCUGCUCGGAAAUCAUGUUUCUUACAGAAAUGCCUCAGAUGCCGCCGUGGGGCUUCUACCGCCGUAUAGGGGUGGCCCCUCAGCACCCCUCCUUUUCCGAGCGCUUCCCUCUCAGGCCUCAGGGCAGUUUGAUCUGCGGGGAGAAGGAGCAGCCAUCACUAAACCUGCCUUGUAACAGAUCUAUGUCCUCAAGCCCCACUUUCCAAAAGCUGUGUUGCUGAGUUCGCUCCUCUGCCCUUUUUCCCCCUCCUCUCCCUUCUCUCUAAAGCCUUCUCCCAUCUCUUUCAAAAUCUUCUUCCAGAAAGGCAGGCCUCAACCAGCCACCUCAUUUCACCAUCUUUCUGUUUUCGCUCACUCAUACCCAUUUCUCCUUCUCCCCAGUGAUGGGAAAGCAGGCUCAUUUUUUCGUCCUUUGUCACUGCCCACACAACAGGUAGAAUUCAAAGCUGUGUAUAUGGUGUGUGUGUGUGUGUGUGUGUGUGUGUGCAUGUGUGUGUAUACACACAUGUACAUACAUACAUACAUAUACAUAUAUAUAUAUAACACACAACAUGUACUCUCAGCAAAAUAAAAUCUCCAAGGCACUUGGUGAUCCAGUGCAGCGCACUGGAGUAAAGAGAAUUUGUAGGUAUAUAAGCUUUAAAUGAUUUAUUUUUUAUGAAAAAUUUAACCGAUGAGAUUGUAUCUACAUAGAUGUGUGUGUGUGUAUAUACACAUAUAUAUGUAUGUACGUGUACGUGCAUAUACACACAUACACACAUCUCUGUCCAAAUUUUCCUUAAAGAUAGGGGUAUUUUUGCAUUCAUCCCUGUUGCUGAAAUGAGGCAUUAUCUUUUCCGCACCCAGCUCUCACUUUCUCCCCGCCCUACCUCACCUCUUCUCAGGCACCCCCCCCCCUCCCUAGCACUUCCUCCCCCCACACACAGGGGUGACUCUUUUGAAAUGGAGUAGUAGGGAAGGUUGCUCUCUGACACAGCUUCCAGCAGUCUUGACUGAAUGUACUGUUCCCUCUUAGCGUUAUUUCUCCUGCGGUCACUAAGCUGCCCAGAGAGAAGGAACAAAGGUCUGGAGUUUACAGAAUGUCUGUUUUUAAAGUCACUUUAUGCGUUUCCCACUUUUUUUUUUUUUUUUAAGAAAAAAAGCACCGGGGGUUUUUGUUUGUUUGUUUUUUUGUUCUUUGGGUUUGUUUUUUGUUUCCUUUGGUGGUGGAUAAAUAAUACUAAAGAGUCUAGUGAAAGGGGAAAAAAAUCAAAGAGCAGGGGGAUUGUGAGUUUCCAGGUACUUGGACUUUUUUGUAGAAGGAGAGAGAAGAGGAUGAAGUUUGCCAGGAGGGCCCAUAUUUUUUCAGCUGAAGGGUAAAAUCUUUCUUUGCAGAGACAGUAUUUUGCUGAAUACUUUUUAUAAUGUGAUGAUUAUUAAAAACAAAAAUUUUGGUCACUUCAAAGCUGGAAGGAGGAAUCAAAUAUCCUUUAAUAUUUUUUCCUUGCUCCUUCUGGUUUAUGCAUGUCACUGCAUGAUAAUCUGAGUUUUCCUUUGUUUUAAUAAAACUGUUCUCAGACAUUUAAGCUUAAACUAAGAGAAAAAUAACUUUGUUGCCAAAAGGUUGUGCUAUCCAGAUUUUUUUAUAUGUCUGCAUGUUUUAAAAAAACAACAAAAGAAAAUGCACUCUAACUUAUGUGAACUGAGAGAAAAAAAUCAGGUUUUAAACAGGAAAACCUAUGGGGAAUGAUAUUUUUUGAAAGACUUUUGUAUAAAGUUGAGUACUUAGAAAAAGACAAACCAGAUGUAAUAUAUUUUGUGGAUGUUUUUAUUUCUUGGAUUUAUAGUACCUUAUACUAAGGUUAAAAAAAUAUGCUUGAUAUUGUGAAAAGGUGAAAUUCUUCACCAACAUUUCAUUUGCUCCUUUGUCACAUUGUUAUGCCAAUAUAAUAUAGUUAAUGAAAACAGCAUUUUUAAAAACCGAAAUAUUGAAAUGGUGUAAUGUUGUACCAUUUGCACUGUGAGCAAAUGCUAAUACAGUAAAGAUAUUGUGUUUGCUGACAAUCAGCCGGCCUAUUAAUCUCCUUAUUUUAUUUCUUGUUUUCAUAGUAUAAAGUUUUGGUUUGGCCUGUUUUUUUGUCUUGUUUUGUUUUUGGCUGAGGGUUGGUUUGAUAGGUUCUUGUACCAGGCUUUGUUGCUCUUGCUCUGAAAACUCAAUGUGAGACCUGGAAUUUGGCAUCAUGAGAAGCUGGUCAGAAUUUG